CCACUGCACGGGGCCAGCAAUAGCCCCGCGUCCGGCCAGCCGCAGACCCCCUCCGCCAUGGCUGAGCAGAGGCGGCCCGCCGGGCCCGGCCCCAGCCCCCCGGGCCCCUUCCCUGCCACGGGCUGGGAUGGGGCCGGCCCCGGGAAGCUGCAGGUGCUGGAGAAGUUCUUCACGCCCCAGGGGGCUGCGGGGGCCCGGUUCCCCCGGCCCCUCUCCUCCUCCUCCCGCUCUGCAUCGGCCUCCUCGGCCUCCUCGGCCUCCUGGUCCUCGGCCGGCAGCCCGGAGCGGGACACCCUCGGCGCCUGCCCCCCGCGCCUCGCCCGCUCCUGCCUGGAUGUGUCCGUGGGGGUCGCCCCACGGCGAGGCGGGGGCCUGGCCACGGCCUCCCGGCUGCAGCGGGGCCAGAGCCAGAGCAUGGACGUCCUGGGGCCCCCCCGGGUGCGGCUCUACAAGCCAGCCAGCGUGGAGAAGGGGCUGGGGGGCCGGCGGGGGCCCGUGCUCCGGGCGCUGCACAAGGCCAAGUCCGUGGAGGCUUUGGAGGGGCGCGGGGGCUCCCGGGGCCCCGGCUGCGAGGCAGGGCUGCCCCCGGCCCCCCCCAGGCGGAGGGGGCCCGAGGAGAAGCAGCGGUUCUCCGAGUUCCUGGACGAGAUCACGCAGCGGGUGCUGAGCCCGGCGCGCCUGGGCUGGCUGGGCUGGAGGGCGCCCCCGCCGCCGGCCACGUCCCCCCCGACCGACAGCUCCGAGUCCAAGGCCUCCAGCCCCCGCGGGUCCGUGCCCGAGGACCUGGGGGCGGGGGCGGGGCGGCAGCGGAGCCCGCGGGCCAGGCCCCCCAAAGAUGCCAGCAGCAGCUCCCUGCCCCCACCGCGGCCCCAGCAGCAGCCCCCCCUGGGGCCCCCCAAGGCCGGGGGGCUGGCGGGAAUGAAACGGCUGGACAGAGCAACCAGGAGAGGCGGGAAGGACCUGGAGCAGGCGGGGGCCAACGCGGAGCCGACACGGCAGGCGGCCCAGGCUCCGGCGGGCGCCCGGGGGCAGCAGGGCCUGGAGCAGACCUGGGCCGAGCUGGAGGCCUUGAAGGAGAAAUUCAGCAGGCUGCAGGAGGAUUACAGCAGCACCCAGCGCAGCAACCGCCUCCUGGAAGAGAAACUUCUCACCAUCGCCCAGACCAUGGCAGCCGAGAGGCAGGCGCUGAACCAGCACGUCGCGGAGCUGCUGGAGCGGCUGAUCGGGGUCCCCGGCCACCUCGUGCCCCAGGGGGGGCGGAAUGUGCCGGCCAGCUCUCUGCCCGAGGCCGCCCCAGACCACGCCAGGCCCCCGGCGCCCCAGCCUGGGGCAGCGCCGUGGGAGGGGGCAGGGGGCAGCUUGGAGGGGCUGCUGGGGGGGCAGGGGGAGGAGGAGGACUGGGGGGGCAAAGGCAUCGAGUCCACGCUCCUGUGAGCUCCCCCGGGGUCGGCCCCCUUCCCCCUCUGGUACAGACGCCCCCAUGAAGGGGCAUCUGGGGCUCCUACCUGCCCCCCCGCACCGUCAGAGCCAGCAAUAAAAGAUGCAAGCCCA